ACACCAGUCACCUUGCGAGUGUCAUGGUAGAAGAACGCUCUCUCUCCGUUCGCCUCCCUCGCCCCCGGACGUCCAUGCGCGCGUGUGAGUGACUUGUGCGCGCCGUAUGAGUGUGUGUGCGGGACAGUGUUGCAGAGAGAAAAAAAAACACAAAAAAAUCAAAACAAAAGAAAACAAAAUCGAAGACAGCAACAAUAAAAUAAACGAACGAACUAAGCUAAAAACCUGGUAGACAGGUAGACGGGUAGAGAGGGCGGGAGAGGCCCGUCGAGGAGUCAAGUGUGUUGGAGACUGCAACGCGUGUCCACCAUGCCGUCCUACUCCUAUAAAGUCAAUGACCCCAUCAGCCCCAUCUCCUACAAGCAGCGCCACGGCGGCAGCGGGAGCAGCGGCGGCGGCGGCGGCGGCGGCGGAGGAAUGUCGGAGCCGCGCGCCUCUCACCAGAACGGACACACGUCGAGCAGCGCCAACGGCCAGGACGAGCGCUGGCGCCAGAACUACGUGCCGACGCCCUAUGAGCCAUACAAGGCGACCUCCACGAGUCCCGGCGUGGCGAAGGUCGAGACCGGAGGCGAAGGCGUGGAGGACGAGGAGCGCGGCCACUGGGGAUCCAAGGCCGAGUUCCUGCUUUCCUGCAUCGGCCUCUCCGUCGGCAUCGGCAACGUGUGGCGGUUUCCCUACCUGGCGUACGAAAAUGGCGGCGCUGCGUUCCUGUUCCCGUACAUCAUCCUCCUCGUCCUGAUCGGAAAGCCCAUGUAUCUGAUGGAGACGGCGCUCGGACAGUACUCACAGCUCGGGCCUAUGAACGUGUGGCGCUGUGCCCCCGUUAUGCAAGGCGUCGGCAUCGCUAUGGUUAUCCUGUCUCUCAUCACAGCCAUUUACUACAACCAGCUCAUGGCCUACACGCUCUUCUACAUGUUCGACUGUUUCGCCUCCGAUGUGCCGUGGGCGAGCUGCGACGCCGAAUGGGCGGACGAUAACUGCUUCGCCGUGGGCGGCAUCUACCCGUGCGCGCGCUAUAACCUCACCGGCCCCACGGACACCAUCAACUGCACGCUCAAGAACGAGUCGUCGGCCGUGCAGUUCUGGGAGAGAGGAGUCCUUAACAUCGACAAGUCAGGAUUGAAGGAAUUCGGCCAGAUCGGAGACAUCCAGGUGAAGCUGACCCUCUACCUGCUCCUGUCCUGGGUCAUCGUGUUCCUGUGCCUCAUGAAGGGCAUUAAGUCGUCAGGCAAGGUCGUCUACUUCACCGCCACCUUCCCCUACAUCAUCCUCGUGGCUCUGCUCAUCGUCGGCGUCAUGCUCGAGGGCGCCACCAAGGGCCUGACGUUCCUGUUCGUGCCCAAGUGGGAGAAGAUCCUGGACGUGCACGUGUGGCGAAAGGCGGCCGAGCAGAUGUUCUUCUCGCUGUCCGUGUCGUGGGGAGGACUCAUCAUGUUCGGAUCCUACAACAAGUUCCGCAACAAGGCUACACCAGGUUGCAAGCCAGGUCACAUACCAGAUUGCAAACCAAGUCACACACCAAGUAACACACCAGAUCCCACACUAGGUUACACACCAAAUAACCUACCAAGUGACACACAAGGUCACAAGCUAGGUCACUCAUUAGUUAAAAAGCAAUAUCACGAACCAAGUCACACAACAACUAACCCACUAGCCCCCGUCCCCGUUGCAGGUCCCGGCCUCGCCUUCAUUGCAUACCCGGAGGCCAUCUCGCGCACGCUCCCCUUCCCGCAGAUGUGGGCGUCGCUCUUCUUCUUCAUGCUGUUCACACUCGGCUUGGACUCCGAGUUUGCGCUCCUGGAAACGGUACUGACGGCCCUGUACGACACCUUCCCGAGCACACGCAACCAGAAGUUCAAGCUGACCGCCCUGCUCUGCGUGUCGUGCUUCCUGAUGGGCAUCCCGAUGUGCGCCACCAUGGGCCAGUACAUCUUCUACCUGGUGGAUAGCUUCGGCGGCGGCGUCGGCGUGCUCCUGAUCGCCAUCCUAGAGCUGGUCGGCCUGCACUGGGUGUAUGGCGUGCGCAGGUUCAGCGAAGAUCUCAAGUUCAUGCUGGGCUACAACCCGUCCAUGUUCUGGAAAGUCUGCUGGGUAUUCAUCGCGCCCGUGACGCUCAUUCUCAUGUUCAUCUACUCGGCGGUCACGUGGACUAACCCGAAGUACGGCGACGUCGAGUACCCCGACUGGGCGAUCGCCAUCGGCUGGUUCCUCGCCGCUGUGUCCGUGGGCAUGAUCCCUCUCGUCUUCGUCUUCGUCGUGCUGAAGAGGCUCUUCACUGGGAACAUCCGGCGAGUGUUCGCUCCCGCCGAGAACUGGGGCCCCGGCGACCCCGAAGCCCGCCAGGAACUGCUGGCCCUCAAGCAUGGUUUCAACAUGAACGAGACCAAAUUCGGCAUCGACAACCCCGCGAUGGAUCCACGAUACUAUCCUCAGUAAUUUGGGGAAAAGAUGUCAGAAGCAAAUUGAUUUUAGAGUCACUUUUUACAAAUCAUUUGAUACUAGAUUUUUUUCUUCACAAUUUCGACUUUCGUGUGAGGUGUAGGCCUGGUUGAAGGAUGUCCCAGCCUACUUUGAUUGGAGGGUUUUAGUAUUAUAACCAUGAAAAAAGUCUUACGUUGUGAAUGAAUCGUUAAGAUUUUGCACCUGGGAUAUAUCAUGUUGUUGGGAGCAAAGCAGACAGGAACGUUUGCUUUAUCUACACGAAUCAAACUCUAACGCAUAUUCAACCUCUACUUUCGUAUAAUGUCAUUUUCUGAUGCGCUCUCUCCCAAACUGUCCCAUUAUAGGUUAUAAUAAACUAUUAUCAGACCUCGAGAACCUCACGUUACAUAUAUUAUACUUAUAUCCCCCUGUAGUCAGACACCAACACACAUUCUCUCACACCCACGCCUUCUUCGGCUCUCCCCUCCACACUUGUUUUCGUAAGUGAAACCUUCCUUAUUCGCACGUUUUCCGCGAAGCUCAAGUACAGUGUCAGGUCUUCCGUCCCCUUUUUUUUAGUUUGAGUGAAAUUAUAUCAAUACAAGGCCUAUAACGAUUGAAAAUAUGUAUAUAUAAUAUGUAUAUAUAUGUAUAUGUAUAUGUAUAUAUAUAUGUAUUUAUAUAUAUAUAUAUAUAUAUAUAUAUAUAUAUAUAUAUAUAUAUAUAUAUAUAUAUAUAUA